CCCUGCGCUAAAAAACAAAUGAAGUAAUAGCUUGUAUUUGGCGGGAAACAGUUCGGAACAACAGAAGUAUUUUUUUUCAAAACAUUAAACAAGCAAUGGCUGAGGCACGGGUGAGGAAGUUAGUGUCGACCACAUUUAAACUAAAUGGCUUUUCCAUUCUGAGUGAUGCAGCAUCAUUCCUGGUGUCACAGCUAAUGCCAUUUGAAGAAAGAGAAAGAGAAGAAUGGCUGGAUAAAAUUGUAGAACAUAUUCAAAAACAGUGUCUGGAAACAACGAAUAUCGGAAAGGACAACAUUGAGCUAGCAAUACAUGAGUGCAUCAGGAGUGGAGCAGAGGAAUCUGAAACCAUACUCACAGUUAUAAAUGCAUUUGAAGUUCCUCGCUUUGAAUAUAACCAAGAAAGAAAGAAGUUUUUUGUAAAAAACAUCCCAAAAGAUUCAGCACCAAAGUUGUUUGAUUCAGCAGAAGAAAAGGCACAGUUAUUCAGAUACAGGUAUAUAUUGCUCCAUCAACGCACGGCUCGCCAUGAACUAUUUACACCUUCAGCUGUUGGAUCAAAUGAGACACAGAAAUUCACUUUAAGGCCUGUAGACUACUUCCUUAGCUCUAGCCGAAAAGUGGAUGAUGCUGUUGUAAUGGGCUUACUGACACAGCUGAAAGAAGGAAAGUAUUAUCUGGAAGAUACAACUGGAACUCUACAGUUAGAUUUGUCUGAAACUAGAUAUCAUACUGGUUUACAUGUAGAAGGCUGCUUUGUGCUGGCAGAAGGUUGGUAUGAAGACAGAGUAUUUCAUGUAAAUGGCAUGGGGUUUCCACCACCAGAAUCUUCUAGAAUUAGCAGAGAUUAUUUUGGAAACAUGAACACAUUUGGAGGUCCUUCCAGCAAAAGUCUGAAGCUGUCAAAGAAGCUGCUUAAAAUAGAAGAGGAAAAUGAGGAUGCUACCAUUGUAUUUAUUGCUGAUGUUUGGCUAGACAAUGUUAAGGUAUUAGAAAAGCUUUCAACAUUAUUUCAGGGCUACUCAGAAUGUCCACCAGUGGCAUUUGUGCUGAUGGGCAAUUUCCUCUCAUCACAGCAUGGCAGUGCACAUGCUUAUCUCCUUAAGGAAAAAUUUAAAAUUCUAGGGGAUUUGAUUGUUCAGUUUCCUAAAUUAACAGCAAAUAGCAAAUUCAUAUUCAUUCCUGGCCCUGUUGAUCCUGCUUUUGCUAGCAUUCUUCCCAGACCACCAUUGCCAACGUUUGUCACAGAAGAGCUGAAAAAGAAACUGCCUUCAGCUAUCUUCAGCACAAGUCCUUGCCGAAUACAGUACUGCACCCAAGAAAUAGUAGUCAUACGGGAAGAUCUGGUGACUAAAAUGUGUCGAAAUACUCUUUAUUUUCCUGCCUCGGGUGAUAUACCACAGCAUUUUGCAAAGACUAUAAUAAGCCAAGCACACCUAGCACCACUGCCACUGGCUGUAUGUCCUGUUUAUUGGGGAUUUGAUUAUGGGAUGCAGCUUUAUCCAUUACCUGAUCUAAUCGUAACUGCUGAUCAAUUCAACGCAUUCACCACAUCCUACUCUGGAUGCCAAGUGAUAAACCCAAGUUCUUUCCCAAGAAGCAAUUAUUCUUUUAAAGUGUACCUGCCAGCUUCACGCCAAAUAGAAGACAGUCAAAUUCCAAAUGACUGAUAAUAGUUAUUGUAUUGUUUGUAUAUUACAUAUAAUUACAAUAUUUAUCUUACAUAAAUGUCACAAAGCUGUAAAUAUAUUUACAUAAUUUUAAAA